AUGUCGACCGCUGAUACUAGCUCCCCCACCAACAGCACCCGCACCAUGUCCACCGUAACCUCCGCCGCACCGUCCGCCGCUCCGUCCGGGCCACCCGUUUCCAUGAGCUCGUCGAGCGUCACGGGCACCAAGGCUCUAGCGAAGCGCGCCAUCCGCGUGGCGCAGGCCGUGGCCGACGCGCGGCUCGACAGCGCGUACGAAGACGCGUCGGAAGGAUUCGACUAUCACGACUCGGUGGAGGCCAGCAAGGGCAUCACGCAGACGGACGGCGGACAAAGCGGUGCGCAAGGCGGCGGGAAACCCGGCGGCGCGCCGGUCGCGUCGUACCUGCAGCGCAUGCAGCGCGGAGGGCUGAUCCAAGCGUUCGGAUGCCUCGUUGUGGUGGAAGAAGCGACGUUUAACGUGCUUGCUUUUAGCGAGAACGCUAAGGACCUGCUGGGGCUAAUCCCGAAGCCCAAGACGGAGGAAGAGCUGGAGGUGGAGAAGAAGGCCGCCGAGGAGGAGGAGCGGAAGAAGGCGGAAGAGGCGGCGAAGGCGGAAGCGGCGACGGCGUCCCCAAGCAAGACGCCUUCCGGAAAGUCGGGCAUUGGCCGCGCCUUCUCGUCCCUCAAGGAUAAGAUCUCCUCCGCGAUUCGCGGGCACAACGUGGCAAGCUCUAAGCACUCCAAGGAACGCGGGCGUAGCACCGCGACUUCCGGGACCUCGGGCGGGCGCGUGGGUUCCCCCGCGCGCUCGCAGUCCCCCUCGCGCUCGUGGCGCAGCGGGUUCCGCGCAAGCCGCCGCGCGGAGGACUGGGAGGGCGCGCACUCGAACCUGAGCAAGGCGGGGGACGCGGAAUCCGCUCCGCCGGCUCCGCCGCCGCUUCCGCCGCUCCCCGUGCUCGAUUUCGGGGUGGAUGCGCGCUCCCUCUUCACUCCUGACAGUGUCACCGCCCUAGAAAAAGCCACAGGCGCGGCGGAUCUGAGCAUGAUCAACCCGGUGUUGGUCGAAGCAGCUGUCUCCAACCGAGGCGACCAUCGCCCCUUCUAUGCCAUCCUGCACCGCAUCGACGUGGGCAUCGUCAUCGACCUCGAACCCAUCCGCGACGCCGAAAACAUCUUCACCGGCGCGGGGGCCCUCCAGGCGCACAAGCUCGCCGCCAAGGCCAUCGCUAGGCUCCAACGCAUGCCGCCCGGCGACAUGAUCAAUCUCUGCCAGGCCGUCGUGGAAGAGGUGAAGGAGCUGACUGGGUAUGACCGAGUGAUGACUUAUAAAUUCCAUGAGGAUGAGCAUGGAGAGGUGCUGGCCGAAGCCAAGAAAGAAUCCAUGGAGCCUUACCUCGGUCUCCACUACCCCGCGACCGACAUUCCCCAGGCCAUCCGUUUCCUGUUCAUGAAGAACCGGGUUCGCUGCAUCUGCGACGCAUACUCUGAUGAAGUGAAGGUGGUGAGGGAUGAAGGGAGGCUCAAGCAGCCGGUGACGCUGGCGGGGUCGCAGCUGCGGGCGGCGCAGCGCUGCCACAUCCAGUACAUGCGCAACAUGGGCACCACAGCCUCCAUGACCAUGGCGGUGAUUAUCAACGACGAGGACGCCGCACAGCCGCCUCAGCCGCAGGGUGCGGCGGGUGCUGGCGGCGCUGCUCCCGCGCAGGCGAAUCGCGGGAAGAAGCUGUGGGGGCUGGUGGUGUGCCAUCAUGAAACUGCCCGGUACCUCCCGUUCCCGCUGCGCCUGGCGUGCGAGUUUCUCAUGCAAGUGUUCUCGCUCCAGGUGAACAUGGAGCUUGAGAUGGCCCGGCAGCACCGCGAGAAGGAGAUGCUCCGCACGCAGACUCUCCUCUGCGAUCUCCUCAUGCGUGGGGAUGCUCCCCUCGGGAUUGUCUCACAGAACCCGAAUAUUCAGGACUUAGUUAAGUGCGACGGCGCUGCGCUGUACUACGCCGGGCGGUUCUGGCUGCUGGGAACGACUCCCACUGAGAUGCAGAUCUUGGAUAUUAUUGACUGGCUGGAUACUGCGCACCCGGAUUCGUCCGGUCUGAGCACUGACAGCCUGGCAGAGGCGGGGUAUCCGCGAGCAGAGGAGCUAGGGGAAGGGGUGUGCGGGAUGGCGUGUGCACGGCUGUACGCGAGGGAUGUCUUGCUGUGGUUCCGGUCGCACGUGCGCAAGGAGGUGCGGUGGGGCGGGGAGAAGCACGAUAAUAGAGACAAGGAGGACGAGCAUCCGGAGCGCAUGGCCAUGGGGCCAAGGGCGAGCUUUGCGGCGUUCCUGGAGGUGGUGAGGCAGCGGUCGAUGCCGUGGGAGGACGUGGAGAUGGACGCCGUGCACUCGCUGCAGCUCAUUCUGAGAGGCCAUCUGACGUCCUUCAGCGAUAAUGACAUGCGCGACAUGAUGCUCAACCGCAUGCGCGACCAGGAAAUGGAUCGCCUGAGCGCCACUGAGAGCGAGAUGGUGCGAGUGCUCGAGACGGCUACAGCGCCCAUCCUGGCCGUGGACAGGGACGGGUGCGUCACCGGGUGGAACGCCAGGCUGGCGGCUCUGACAGGGCUGGCCACAGGGGACGCCCUGGGGAAGCACCUGAUCACGGACCUGGUGGUGGAGGGCAAUGUGGACGCUGUUGGAAGGGCGCUCUUCCUCGCUCUGCAAGGCCAGGAGAGCAAGGAGCUGGAGAUCCACCUGCGGACCUGGGGCGUGGUGCAGUCCAACAAGGAUUCGGUCAUCCUCGUCGUCAACGCCUUUGCCAGCCGCGGCACGGCCAUGGGGGGGGAUGACAUGGAGGACGUGGUGGGGGUGUGCUUCGUGGGGCAGGACGUGACGGCUCAGAAGGCAGUGCAGGGCAAGUUCACACGCCUGCAGGGCGAUUACGAGGCGAUUGUGCAUGGGAACAACUCGCUCAUCCCUCCGAUCUUCUCCACUGACGGUGAGACGCAUUCUCAUGUGCUUGGGGGUGCCUGGGUGUGUGCUUGCAAGGGGAGUGGGGGGGAAGGAAGGGCUUGGGGGUGGGACUGCCUGGGUGCUGGUUUGCCACCCUCACUCCACCCCUUUCAAACCUUUCCACCUCCUUCAACCCCUUUCCACUUCUUCCACCCUUUCAACCCCUUUCGACCCCUUUCGACCUCUUUCAACCCUUUCCACCCCUUCCACCUCUUUCGAUCCCCUUCAAUCCCUUUCCACCCCUUCCACCUCUUUCAACCCCCUUCAACCCCUUUCCACCUCAUUACAGAUUUUGGCAACUGCACGGACUGGAACCCCGCGAUGGAGAGGAUCACCGGGGUGCCACGUCAGCAGGCCAUCGACCGGCUGCUGCUGGGCGGCAUUUUCGGCCCCAUCUGCCGCAUGAAGGCGGACACGAUGACGAAGCUGAUGAUUGUGAUCAACAAGGCCAUGUCCGGGCAGAUGACAGAUCGCUACCCCCUCGAGUUCCUCGAUGCUCAUGGCCAACUGGUGGAGGCUCUAUUGACGGUCCAGACACGUCGCGACUCAGACGGGCACGUGACGGGCAUGUUCUGCGUCCUGCACACCGGCCAACUGGUGGAGGCGCUUCUGACCGUGCAGACCCGCCGGGACUCAGACGGGCACGUGACGGGGGUGUUCUGCUUCCUGCACACCGUCUCCGCGGAGCUCCAGGCAGCCCUCAACCUGCAGCGCGCCACGCAGGACUUCGCCAAGGAGAAGGCCAAAGCCGUCGCCUACACCAGAGACGCCAUUCGUGGGCCGCUCGAUGGGAUUGAGCACGCACUGAAGGGGCUAAGGAAGGAGGAGCAGGAGGGGCGGCUGGUCGGGGAGGAGGAGAAGAAUGCGGUUGGGGUGGCGGAGCGGUGCAAGGAGCAAGUGGACAGGAUCCUGGGGGAUGACGACAUUGACACCAUUGAAGAGGGCUACGUCAUCAUCAUCCCGACCGUCUUCUCCAUCGCAUCAGUCAUCGAUGCGGUGGUCGCCCAGGGCAAGCAGGCCGCCUAUCUUCUACGUCAACAUCAUCCCAGCCGUCUUCACCAUCGCAUCAGUCGUCGACGCAGUGAUCGCCCAGGGGAAACAAGCCCACUUUAUGGUCUCACAUUUCCCAAUCCCUCCCUCCCCACCCCUCUCAGCUACGUCAACAUCAUCCCGGCCGUCUUCACCAUCGCAUCAGUCAUCGACGCGGUCAUCGCGCAGGGCAAGCAGGCGGCCUCCCGGCGCGAAGUCUCGCUCUCCUUCGACCCGCCACCGCAGCUGCGCUCGUUCCCGGGCCUUGCAGGGGACCCUGCUCGCCUGCAGCAGGCCCUGGCGGAGUACCUCACCAGUGCGGUGGCGUUCACGCCGCAAGGCGGGUGGGUGAAGGUUCGGCUUGUGACCAGCACCAGGAGCCUGUUCGGCGAUCAAGGCUCCCUCAAAUGCGAAUUCCGAGUGCAACACUCGGGAGCGCUCCCACAGGAGCUGGUGCAGCAGCUGUACGACGAGGCAGACCCACUCCACCACGCGCACCCAGGAGGGGCUCGGCCUCUCCGAGCGCUCCCCCAGGAGCUGGUGCAGCAGCUGUACGACGAGGCGGACCCCACCACGCGCACGCAGGAGGGGCUUGGCCUCUCGGUGUGCCGCAAGAUUCUCCUCGCCAUGGCGGGCGAUGUGCAGUACGACCGCAACUACAACGCGUGCGAGUUUGUCAUUCUCCUCGCCAUGGCGGGCGAUGUGCAGUACGACCGCAACUACAACGCGUGCGAGUUUGUCGUGCGGAUUGGGUUCCCCUUCGCUUAG